AUGCUUAGGAGAUGGAACAUAGUUAUUGAAUCGCUACGUCGCGUUCAUAGCAGUGAUUUAGAAAACCUAAUUUCGGCUUCCCUAUACAAUCGAACACUUUGCACAGCCUCAGAAUCAUUGAAUCAUGGUGUUGUUGAUGAGAGUUAUGUUCUAGCUGAAUUAUCUUCAUUGCUUCCAAUUUCAUCUAAUAAAACCUCAGUGUCAAAGGAAGACAGUAGCUCAAAGAAUCAAGUAGCUAUUGAUUCGUUUUUGUCAGCAGAGGACAAACUUAGAGGUGUGUUUCUUCAGAAAUUGAAAGGCAAGUCUGCUAUUCAGAAGAGUUUGAGUAGUCUUGGUAUUGGUUUGAGUAUUGACAUUGUUGCCGAUGUAUUGAAUCGAGGGAAUUUAAGCGGCGAAGCGAUGGUAACGUUCUUUGAUUGGGCGGUUCGUGAGCCUGGUGUGACUAAAGAUGUUGGUAGCUACAGUGUGAUUUUAAGAGCGUUAGGAAGGAGAAAGCUUUUCUCUUUUAUGAUGGAUGUUCUAAAGGGAAUGGUAUGUGAAGGUGUUAAUCCUGAUCUGGAGUGUUUAACUAUUGCUAUGGAUAGCUUUGUUAGGGUUCAUUAUGUGCGUAGAGCGAUAGAGUUGUUUGAGGAAAGUGAAAGUUUUGGGGUGAAAUGUAGUACUGAGUCUUUCAAUGCAUUGUUACGGUGUCUAUGUGAGCGUUCACAUGUGAGUGCUGCAAAGUCAGUAUUUAAUGCUAAGAAAGGUAAUAUACCUUUUGAUAGUUGUAGUUAUAACAUUAUGAUUAGUGGGUGGUCAAAGCUCGGUGAGGUUGAAGAGAUGGAAAAGGUUUUGAAGGAGAUGGUGGAGAGUGGAUUUGGUCCUGACUGUUUGUCUUAUAGCCAUCUUAUUGAAGGGUUGGGAAGAACUGGUCGUAUCAAUGAUUCUGUUGAGAUCUUUGAUAAUAUAAAACACAAGGGUAAUGUUCCUGAUGCAAAUGUUUACAAUGCUAUGAUCUGUAAUUUCAUAUCUGCUCGAGAUUUUGAUGAGUCUAUGAGGUACUACCGAAGGAUGCUGGAUGAGGAAUGUGAACCUAACUUGGAAACCUAUUCCAAGCUUGUUUCUGGGCUCAUUAAAGGCCGUAAGGUUUCUGAUGCGCUUGAGAUAUUCGAAGAGAUGUUAUCAAGAGGGGUUCUUCCCACCACAGGGCUUGUUACCUCUUUCCUCAAGCCUCUUUGCAGCUAUGGUCCACCACACGCUGCAAUGGUUAUCUAUCAGAAAUCAAGAAAAGCCGGGUGUAGGAUAUCAGAAAGCGCAUAUAAGCUGUUGCUUAAGCGGCUAUCAAGAUUUGGAAAAUGCGGGAUGCUGUUGAACGUAUGGGAUGAAAUGCAAGAGUCUGGAUAUCCUUCUGACGUGGAAGUCUACGAGUAUAUUGUGGAUGGGCUCUGUAUCAUUGGGCAUCUAGAGAAUGCUGUGCUUGUGAUGGAAGAAGCUAUGCGUAAAGGGUUUUGCCCAAACCGCUUUGUUUAUAGUAGGCUUAGCAGUAAAUUAAUGGCUUCAAACAAGACAGAAUUGGCAUAUAAGCUGUUUCUGAAGAUCAAAAAGGCUCGUGCUACAGAAAAUGCUCGCAGCUUCUGGCGAUCAAAUGGAUGGCACUUUUGAUCUUUAUGUUUUGUUGUAUGUUCAUAUUGAAACUAGAAUAUGAUCCUAGUCUUUGUAGAUGUACAUUAUCACAUCUGCAGUCUAUGAAAUUUGUAAUAGAGAACGCUUAAAGUUAUAUUCGG